UUUCCUUUUUUUUAUUUUUACUCUUUAAUUUUCAGCUUUGACACUUAUAACCCUUAAUUUUUCCAGAGACUUUGUACUCAAGUUUUAAGCGUUUAUAUGUUUGACACAUUUCUCUCUCUCUUUUUUUUUUUUUUCGAACGGCAAGGAAUGAUUUGCCAACCACCGUGACACCAGGCGCUGUGGCCAAGGUCGACUACUCGACUGCCGCCAGCCCUUGGCUCUCCCAGAUGCGCGGAAACCCAACCUCCACCCGCCCGAAGGCACGACGGUGGAAUAAUUGGUAAAACCUCGCCUUCCAUACAAGACGAACCGGCGCCACCCGUAUUCGUACUUCACCUAGAUGACACAGAAAAUAAUAGGAAGAGUGAAAGUCGAACCUGAGUUAGAAGGAACACUAAGUCUUCCUCUAACUACUCCACCACUAUCUCAUUGCUAUCAUUUCUCUAUAUUAUUAGUUUUGUAUUCAACUCGGUUGUUAAAAAAAGUGCAUCCUAACACAUUUCUCUAAGUUAAAAAAAGAAUAUUACCUUUUUAAAGUUUUCACCAAGCUUAAAUUAAUUUAUUGGACACCCUCUUCAAGAUCGACCCGUUAUGCUCCCUCAUUUCCAGAUCUUGAAAUAACUUCCACUUCUUCAAAUCUUCUCAAGUGUCAUAACCCAUGAAUUCUUUAACAUUCUACCAAUUAUUGCUUGCAAUAUUACUCUUCAAAUCCCCAUUUCUUAAAUCCAAAAACACCACAGUUUCAUCAAGAUUUCUCGACUCGGUUCUCCAAGAUUACGCAUUCAAAACAUUCUCCCAACACCGCCCGAAAACCGGCAUCAUCUACGACGGCAAUGUGGCACCAGAAUUCACCGGAAUUACAGUCUCCGCCCUCCGGUUGAGAAGUGGUGGGUUGAGGAGAAAAGGGUAUUAUGGGUACAAAGAGUUUGAUAUUCCGGCGGGUGUUUUAGAGAAUCCGUACGUUGCACGUGUGGUUUUGGUGUACCAUAACUUGGGGAAUUGGUCGGAGGUUUAUUAUCCGUUGCCGGGGUAUUUGUUUUUGUCGCCAGUGGUGGGUUUGUUAGCGUAUAAUGCGUCACAUAUGACGGCGGAAAUGCUGCCGGAGUUGGAUCUCCGGGCGUCUGAGAAUCCUAUUAUGAUAAGGUUUGGAUCUUUAGGAGUUUUGGCAGAUGGGGUUUUGGCGAAAUGUGCGUUUUUUGAUUUGUUUGGUGGGGUUGAGUUCGCACGUGUGGUAAAUGGGAGUGUUUGUUUGAGUUUAAAACAAGGGCAUUUUGUGGUGGUUGUUGAAGAAAAUGUUCCGGCGCCAGCGCCGGUGAAAUCGCCGGAGAUGCCCAUUGCUGUUGGUGGUGGUAGGGAUGGAGGGAGGAAUGGGUGGUGGGUUGGUGGGCUAGUGGGAGGGUUGUUUUUGGUGGUGGCGGCAGCAGUGGUGGUGGGAGUGUUGGUGGCGCUGCGGCGGUGUGUGCGGCGGCGGAGGGUCGAGAAAAUGGAGUAUGUGGCGGAAGGUGGUGUUCCUUUGGCGGUGGCCGCCGUUGGAAACGAUAAGAUGCCGGUGGCAAUGGAGACUAGAACGAAACCGGUUUUGGAAAAUGAUUAUGUAACUGUAAGCUAGGCUUUUUUUUUUUCGUUGUUUAUUUUUGUUUAAACUCAUGUUGUAUUUUUGAAUUAAAUAAAUAAAUAUAACGAAGUUGUUAGGUUUUUCUCA